UCAAAAUGGCGGAAACUUUGUAGUGUGUGUGCGUGAAGAAAAUGCGUCUAUAAAUCGGCUUUUCGUGGACAAAUUCUCAGGUUACUACUGUAAUCUGCCUCCACUGAUAUUACUGAUCAAAUUAGCUUGGAAAUUUUUGAAACGAUGGCUUCAAAUCCUGCAAAGUUGUCUCGCAAACGUAGCAUCGACGAAAUCGUAGAAACUUCAUCUCCAGAUGCUACUGAACAUUCACAAAAAGGCUGGAAAGUCAAAACACUGGACGAAAUACUCGCAGAGAAAGAGAAAAGAAGAAAAAUCGACCAAGAACUGUUUGCUGUAGACGAAGAAAGCUCUCGCCAAAGUCGGAAAAGUUCAAAUACUUCGAGYCCUGCAUUGGUGAUCGAUUCGAAACCUACAUCACAGAAUCAAACUCCAACACAAGAAAUCAUAUACCAACUUAGCCCUGACCACAACAGUCCAUUAUCAAGCAGUAGUGAAACAAGCAGAAAGAAGUCCUUACAUUUGAAACAAAAAGGAAGAAGAAAAAMCGAUGAAGAGGAAGGCGAAAUWCUGAGUGACAUUUCYGAUGGCGAAUCAGGUCAAAAUAAACCAAGAAUUAGAGGCGCAAGCCGUCACACAAGUGUUGAUCAUGAUAUUGAAAUGGCUGAUAAAACCACUGGACAAGUUGAAGCUUCAAAUAAAGAACAAGAAGAAAGUGAAGAAGAGAGUUCASAAGAAGAUAGUGAUGACAGUAGYGAAGAAGACAAUGAACAAGACAACAAACCAAUUGAAAAACCUUCACAACAAAAAUCCAGCGAAGAAGAAGAAGAAAGUACAGAUUCUAGUGAAGAAAGUGAUGAAAGCUCUGAAGAGGAAGAAGAAGAGGAAGAAGCUGCAGAAAAAAGCAAAGUUGAGGUASAAGAAAAGAAAAAAACAGAAGYUAAAGAAGCAAAGACAACAGAAGAAAGCAGUGAAGAUGAAAGUGAAGACGACAGUGAUGAAGACAGUGAAAGUGAAGACUCAGAGGACAGUGAUUCCAGUGAAGAAGAAGAAGAACAGCAAAAGGAGACUUUUCCUGUCAAUGCUGACAACAAGAAAGCAAAGAAUGAAGUUGAUUCAGGUGUUAAAAAGUCAGAAAAACAUCCUAGUUCUAAAGUUUCYGAGGUUCCUGAAAGACCAAAGCACAAGGGUYAUAGUUCUAGAGACGAUUCAAGUCGACAUCAAAAGGAUGAUCGUUCUAGAGGAGAUGAAAGAAGGUCUCGUCAUGAACAACAGGGAAAAAGUGUUGAUUCAAGAGAAAGAAGAGACAGAAAGCUUAAAGAAGACUCUGAUAAAGUAAGUAGAAAAGAAAAGGCAGGUACUACUAAUGAUAACAAACAAUCAAGAGAGCUAAAAAGAAUUGAUAAAGAAAAAGCUGAUAGUUCAAGAACACGCGAUAGGUCUGAAAAACAAGAAAGAAUUGAUCCCAAAAGCAAACGAAAGGACUCAAAACCAYCUGAAGAUCAAACAAAGAGCAAUAGAGAUAGAGACUCUAAAARCAACUCAAGUAAAACCAAUGAAAAGAACAAAGAAACAGCAAAAAACAAAGAGAAAACAUCCUCCAARCUUCUAACUGAUGAAGAAAGACUUCAGUUUUCAACAGAAGUUGUUGAGCCUGAUAGUGAUAAUAGCCACGAAAGUGAUCAGGCUGAUGAAGGUUCAGAUGAAGAAGAAUUAGACGUCAGUCAGUCUCAAGAAGAAGAGAAAGAAGAUGAAAUUGUUGCACUAAAGAGAUUGAAAAUGGAAAAGGAAAAGGAGGGAUUUCCCAUUACUUCGCUGCGUGAGAUUAACACGUUGUUGAAAGGACAACACCCAAAUAUUGUUACUGUUAGGGAAGUUGUUGUAGGUGGAAAUAUGGACAAGAUCUUCAUUGUAAUGGACUACGUUGAACACGACUUGAAAACACUUAUGGAACACAUGAACAGUAAAUUUUCCAUAGGAGAAGUAAAGACACUUCUUGUUCAACUCCUUCGUGCCGUUGCUCAUCUCCAUGACAACUGGAUACUGCAUCGUGACCUGAAGACUUCUAAUCUUCUACUAAGCAACAAGGGUAUUUUAAAGGUUGCAGACUUUGGGCUWGCAAGGGAGUAUGGGUCGCCAUUGAAGCACUACACCCCUAUCGUGGUCACCCUGUGGUACAGAGCUCCAGAGCUGUUGCUAGGAGCCAAGGAAUAUGCCUGCCCCAUUGACUUGUGGUCUGUUGGUUGCAUAUUUGCUGAACUUUUGACCAUGAAACCACUGUUUCCUGGAAAAUCAGAAAUUGAUCAAAUUAAUAGAAUAUUUAAGGAUCUAGGCACCCCCAGCGAUAAGAUAUGGCCUGGCCCACCAGCUUACUCAGAACUACCACAUGUUAAAAAGAUGACCUUCACAGAAUAUCCAUAUAAUCAGUUAAGAAACAAAUUUGGGACGCACUUGACCGACAAGGGUUUUGAUCUCUUAAACAAGUUUUUGACAUAUGAUCCAAAAAGAAGAGUAACAGCUGAGAAAGGAUUAGAGCACGACUAUUUCAAUGAAUCACCAUUUCCUGUGAAGCCAGAAAUGUUUCCAACAUGGCCUGCAAAAAGUGAAAUGAUGAAGAGACCAAAGCGAAGGGACUACGAGCACAGUCCAAAGCCUCCUGAGGGAGGAGAGAUGUUUUCAAAACUAAAAGAUGGUGGUGAUAGCAGUAGUGCUUCUGGUUCACAAGGAUUUCACAUGCCGUCAUCAAAGAAAGGAUCCGCUGCUGUUGCAGGGUUCAGCUUGAAGUUCAACUUGUAAUAUUGCAAAACUAUCAUCCUCACUGUAAAUACUUCAUGUAAAAUCGUAUCAGUUUCAUUAAUAAACAUUUCAGAAAACCUCUGAUAUUUCACUGUUUUUUGUUUUU